AUGUCCAAUUCCGACUUUGAAAAGGGUGAGCAGUCCAGGACAGUGACCAACCCGCCUUUGUCUCCGUCCGUCACCGAAGGCGACACUCGUCCGACGGUCGAUUUUGCCGAAGGCACGCUGGUGUUUGCCGGCCACGGCGAGGUGCUGGGCCGCAACUUCAAUCUGCUGAGUGCCUGUGCCGCGGGCGUCACGACGGGCAACUCGUGGGCGGUGCUUGGCGCGGGCAUCAUUGCAUCCAUCUACAACGGUGGGCCGCCUGGAGCCAUCUAUGAAUACACCCUCGUGUCUUUUUUCUACUGCUUCAUCGCCGCCUCCGUGGCUGAGCUCGCCUCGUCCGUCCCCUCCUCUGGCGGCGUCUACCACUGGGCCCUGAUCACGGCCGGACCGAAAUAUGGCCGCGUCUGUGGAUGGUUCGCCGGCUGGCUCAACGGCCUAGCAUGGGCCUUUGCGGUGGCGGCCAACUGCGUCAUGACGAGCAACAUUCUCGUGUACUGCUACUCGCUGUACCACCCAGACUAUGAGUACCAACGAUGGCACGUCUUCAUCUCGUACCUCAUCAUGUCGUGGCUGUGCUGUAUGGUCGUCAUGUUUGGCCAGAAGAUCCUGCCCACUCUGUCGAGAAUCGGCUCGUUCCUCAUCAUCGCCGGCUUCUUUGUCACCAUUAUCGUCUGCGCCGUCAUGCCCGGGCGGCCGGGUGGCAAUGGUUAUGCGUCGAGCCAUGCCGUUUGGGCCGGCUGGGAGAACAUGACGGGCUACUCGAGCAACGGCUUUGUCUUUCUGGCAGGCAUGCUGAACGGCGCCUUUGCCGUGGGCGCCAUCGACUGCGUGACGCACAUUGCCGAGGAGGUGCCCAAUGCGCGCAGGAACCUGCCCAAGGCGCUCGCGUGCCAGGUCGGCAUGGGCUUCCUGACGGGCUUUUCCUAUUUGAUUGUCAUCUUUUACGGCACGGCCGAUCUGGCGAGCAUCACCGAUGCCGACCCGUUCUGCCCCAUUGGCGACAUCUACCUGCAGGCCGCCGGCUCGCGUUCCGGUGCCGUGGGCCUCCUGAUGGUCCUUGUUCUCCCCAUCCUGUGUGCCACCUCCGGCUGCUACGUCACCACCGGCCGCACCUUUUAUGCCCUCGGCCGCGACGGCGCCACCCCCUUUGCAAGCAAGAUUGGCUCCGUCAGCCAUCGUUUCCAGAGCCCGCUGUGGUCCACAUUUGCCUGCGGCAUCUUUAUGACACUCAUCGGCGCCGUCUAUGUCGGGUCCCUGACGGCGUUUGACGCCUUUAUCGACUCGUUUGCCGUCUUGUCGACCGUGUCCUACCUCUUGGCCAUCCUCCCGCACUUGUUGAGCCGCCGCUCCAACAUGAAGCCCGGUCCCUUUUGGAUGGGCCGCUGGGGCUAUCUGGUCAAUGGCGUCGCGUGUUCGUACAUUGUCGUCUCCAUUGUCAUCUACUGCUUCCCCUACAGCCUGCCCACGUCGGCGGCUAGCAUGAACUACACGAGCGUCAUCACCGCCGGCCUGUCUUUGCUUGUUGGCAUCUGGUGGCUGGUCUACGGCAAGCGGCACUACAGAGCACCUAGGAUCAGCCAGUAA